AUGGCAACGGCAUACGCACACCGGGCCGGCUUCGUUCAUGGCGAUAUUCACCUAGGAAACGUGUUGCUCCAAUUGCCUGGAUCGGAGCUCGAUCAUCUCUCCAUCCAACAGGUGUAUGAGAGAAACUAUAAACCAGACCCCUGCCCAGUGACUAGGACUGAUGGUCAGCCGGUUUUCUCACCGUCAGUGCCAAAGAAUGUCUAUACGCCAAACUGGCUCGGUAAACCCAGCGACGAGGUUCUGUUGCCUGAAGCCAAGCUGUGGCUCGCCGAUUUCGGAACAGCAUUCAAUCCUUCGCAGGAGACGAGACUGUUGUCUUACACGCACUUACAGAAUCGACCACCAGAAGCAGUGUUUGAUUCCACGAAACCUCUGACAUUCUCCUCUGAUAUCUCGAGCCUGGGACUCAUGGUCUGGGAGGGCAUGGGUUCCGGGCCAUCUAUGAGCGGCUUUCUCUUCGGUGAAAACGAGGUGGUUGCUGACCAGGUCGACGCGCUCGGUCCCUUGCCCCAGUGGUGGGAGAAAUGGGGGGCCAGAACAAACGUAUCUACUGAGGGCGGACAGCCAAAGGGGGGAAGGAAGGUGUGGCCGCUUCAGAAGCGAUUUGAUCUGAUUCUACAGAGAGGGAAGAAGACGGCAAAGCUGGAUGAUGAGGAGAGCCGUGCCUUUUGA